CUUCCAGCAUUAAGCUGGAAGCAGCCUGGCACAUGGUCCUGGGGAUAUAAAUACUUCACAGGAGAAGUUUAUUUGGAGGCACAGAGUAUAGCUGGUACCAUGGCUUCCAGUCAGUUACAGCACGAAGCCCCCAGUCUGGACGUCAGCGCUUCUUGCGAACUGGACCCUGCUCACGUGCGCGUCUGCGGGCCUUCGUCGGAAGACGUGCUGGACACGGUUCUUCAGGUGCAGACGGAGUGCUUCCUCGUCAGCCGACGAAGGCUGGCCGGCAUGAGCCGCUACUUCCAGGCUAUGUUCUACGGAGGGGGACAGGAGAGCAGCCGCAGUCACGUCGAGAUCAAAGGGGUGGCCCUGGAGCAGUUCCGCGUCCUGAUGCAUUUCGCUCGGACUUCCGAGCUGCCCCUGGACAGGGAGAAUGUGCUGGGGAUCCUGGAGGCGGCGGACUUCCUCCAGCUGGAGCAGGCGCGGCUGCUCUGCUGUAAGUUCCUCGAGCGGGAGCUUCACCUGAGCAACUGCCUGGGCAUGAUGGCAUACGCCUGGCAGCUGGGCUGCCUGGAAUUGUACACGGCGGCACGAAACGUGGCCCUCAGCCACUUGCCUGCCCUUGCAUGCGAGGAGGACUUCCUGUAUCUGUCGAAGGAGAGUGUGGCCAGUCUCCUUUCCAGCGAGGACUUGUUUCUGCCCCGGGAGGAUCUAGCCUUCGAAGUCAUCCUGCGAUGGGCGACCUUUGACCCCAGCCGCGAGGAAGACUUCCUGGAGCUAGCUGGUCUCGUUCGACCCGAGUGCCUCUCCCUGCCCUACAUCAAUGAGAUGCUGACGAGCGUUAAGGGCUCCGAUCCCCGGGCCAGGCUUAUAUGUAAACUUGAUGCACACCCACCCGCAAGCUGGACUGUUCCCCGGCUGAGCCCUCGAACCCGAGUAAGAGAAACACUCUACAUCCUGGGUGGCCCCCAUGAUCACGAUGAGCAGAGCCUGUUCCAGUUCCAUCCUCGCUGUGGGAUGUGGCAGUCUUGUGCGCCCUUCCGAAAGAAGAACCUCACCCAGUUUUCAGUGGCCGCUGUAGGUGAGAACGUGGUGGUCACUGGCGGUUAUUUCCGCGACGAGGUUGUGUGGUACAGUGUGGACUGGGUGCUUCUUUUCCGGUGCAGCAGUGGCACUUGGGUGGAAGGACCGGCACUGCAAAAGUCCCGCCACAGCCACUGCUCGGUGGGCCUGGGGGACGAGGUGUUCGUCCUGGGUGGCAGCAUGGAUGAGGGGCUCGUGCCUGAUGUGGAGAAGCUGAUGGUGGGGGCGGGCAGCUGGGGGAGCCUCAGUGCCAUGGUGCGAGCGGUGGAGAGAGCAGCCACAGUCGCCAUGGAGAACUGCAUCUACGUGGCUUGUGGGUUAGAUGAGAAUGGGGAAGUAUACAGUGGCAUUCAGAGGUACCAGCUGGAGACUGACCAAUGGGACGUUGUCUCCUACUCCCCUCUUCCCAGGUAUGAUCUUCUAGCAACAGUGCUCAAUGGCGCCAUCUAUCUCUUUGGAGGUCAAGCCUUACGCCUGGAUGUGAAGACCGACGAGUGGACCAUUCUGGAUGAAGCAUGUCUAGAGAGGAAGUUUUUCACGGGGGGGACAACUUCCAGUGGGCAGAUCUUCCUACUGGGGGAGCGGAAGGGAAACAAAACGCUUCCCAAUAUGGCGCUGCUGGACCCCUACACAGAUACCUGUAUGGAAAUAGAUGAUGAGAUUCCCUGCCCUGUUCCAAUCCGAGGUUGUGUCACAGUCCAGUUCCGUAGUUGAUUUUGGAUGGUAUCAUCAAUGUACCAUUGCACCUGUACAGUUACCAUAAGUACAGUUACAUAACUACAAGUUUGCACUAGACUCUCCACAAACGUUGCACUCUAGAUCCGUUGUUUGAUACGUACAUUGAAAUGCAUGUUCAUAAUCUUUCCAGUUUAUUGGUAUCAGACAUACGCGCAUUACGUUUUGUUAAAAUACGUUCUUUGGUAACUGGAGAGACCGCUCACCAGUGUAUGGGAUGCUUUGCAUACUGUAAGUGACUAAAAUUAGCUUGGUCAUAUGAUAUUACAGUAUUAUGGUAAGAGAACUCAAUUGGCACAGAAGCUAUUUUCACUAUGAACUUGGCAGUAAAAACACCAUCAAAAAAGAUGAACGUUAGAAAUGUAAAACCUUGAAACUGAACUAAAAUGUUAAUUUAACAGCUA